UUAUGUCUCUUUCUCAACCAUUUCUUACUUUUAUAAGGAAGGCUCUCUCUUCUAAAACAUUAGGCGAAAGUCUUCUUGUAUCUACUACUACGGUAGACUUGCUUGUGAGACUGAUUAAGUGACUGACUGACCCAUCCAAACUUCAGUCCUGGUUGAGUGUUCAAUUCGAAGACUCAUCAAGAGGUUGAACGAGCAAUUCAAAGGGAACCGAAAAAUGGGCUGUGGUUCAAGCAAAGUGGAAGAUGUGGACGAUUGGAUGGGGGCUAAUGAUGUCCUGUUGGUGACCCAGCAAACAGGAUCCCUUCUUUCUUCUCCGAUGUCCCUCUUUGUCAGCAAAUAUGCCAAUUCGAACAUCACAACUGGUAGAGUGGUCUCAAUUGAGAUAAACGAUAAGAAAAUCGGUCUAAAGAUGACCCUCAACAGUCGUGGAUUGACCGUAUUUGCCCGCGAAGAGGACAAGUAUCGAUUCAAAAGUCGAGAAUGGGCGUCUUUUGGUCUGACACCUGGAUCCAAUCCUGGCUUAUAUCGAGUUCCCAGUUCAGAUUUCCACGUUCAUUUCACUAUUUUCAACAUUCAUUACACGAAGCCUUUGAUCCUGGUGGAUCUGGACGCUCACAAACCCGAAAACUGGGAACGAGAUUAUGUUCCACCCUUUUACGGCUUGGAAAACGAUUUGGAUCACAUCAUAAAACUGUGUCACAAGUUGGUUGAAAACGAGGACAAACAAAUUGUCUAUCUGACAGAUCAAGUGAUUGUUUGGGACAACUCCGUAAGAGAUCAUCUCUUCGAGAAAUAUCAGAACAAAAACGGCUACUCAAUGCCACUUGGACCAGUGAUUUUGCGUCAAGAAGGCGCUCCCAAAAAGUUCGAGCGAAAACCUCGUGUUCCAAAUAUGUACAAAAAAAAGUUUCUCAAAGAUCUCUUGGAGUUGAAUGUCACCAUUGAAGGUGUUUAUGGUACAAAUCCAGAGAACAAAGCAGUGUAUUCAAAGGUGGACAUUGCCGACGAGACACUCUUCUUCGGUCCAUCCGUAUUUAGAGAGAAAUGCAUUGAACUUUUUGAUGAAGAUGAUUUGCUGCAAGCUCCAAUCGAGAAGGACCUUAUGAUUGAAGAGGCCGACGAGUUGAAAAGGAUAGAUCCAGAGGGAGAAGAGAAUCCCCCUGAAGUGGACGAAGAUCAAAAUCUGGAUCAAAUUCAAGACCAAACUGAAGAGGAACAAGAAGACCAAGAAGAACAAGAGGCUUCGAAAGACGACGAAGGAAUUGCUGAUGAAGAAAAACCAGAGGAAUCUGACCUUCAAGGAGAAGUCGACAUUGAUGAAGACAAGGAGUAGGAAGCAAAUAACUUCAAAAACCCAUAUGAAUGUAGCAUACCAAUUCAAUAGUAACAUCGAUUUUUGAUCUAAACAGAUUCUUAUUUUCUCAAUAAACGAGUCAUUCAUAUUUGAUACU